GGCUCCACCCAAGGCCAGGCUGCGCGGAGCCCAGCCAGAGGCAGCCAGCAGCGGGCAGGGGGCCCCGGAGGCAGCGCACCAGCGGAGCCGCCAUGGGGCUGGAGAAGGAGACGGGGGACACGAAGAUCUUCAUGGCCGAGGACAGCUUCGGGCGCCCCGGCGGCCCCGCGCUAGCCGGCCCGGAGAACGGCCCCAGCAGAGACCCGCAUGGGCUGAACACCCACCUGAAGCUAGGAUUUGAGGAUGUCCUAGCAGAGCCUGCAUCAUUUCACUCCUUUGACAAAGUUUGGAUCUGCAGCCACGCUCUCUUUGAGCUCAGCAAAUACGCACUGUACAAGCUCCUGACUCUCUUCCUUGCUAUCCCACUGGCUCUCGUUGCAGGAAUUGUCUUUGCAGUACUCAGCUGUCUGCACAUCUGGAUUGUGAUGCCUUUUGUAAAGACCUGCCUCAUGGUCUUGCCUUCAGUGCAGACUGUAUGGAAGAGUGUGACGGAUGUUCUUAUUGCACCGUUAUUUCACAGCCUAGGCCGAUGUUUUGCUACAGUCAAUAUACGCCUGGACCAAGAGUAAACAUCAGGGAUACAAUUCUGCUGUAGUCUUAGAUGGUGAUAUGCCUCUUUGCUAAUAUAACAUAGGUGCACUUAUUCAUUCAUUCCAAAACUGUUGGGUUAAAAUAGCUGGUUUAAAAUGGGGACACAUUUUUUUUAAAAAAAAUCAUUUACUUUCAGGGGAUCAGUUUAAGAUAAACUAGACUAUUUUCAUAUCUAACUAUUUUAAAUGACAGAAAAAGCAUGGAGUAUUUUGGCAACGCUUUAUUUUAAUGGUACAUUGAUUGCCAGGUUCCAGAAAAAUUCAUGUGGAGGUAUAUGUGACCACCACAAUAGUAUCAUAGAAAAUUGCUGUGGCCAGUGUUGUUACUUUGAAUACUAGUGAAAUUAGUAGUGAUGUGACACACUGGGCCAAACUCACUUCUAGGGUUUCAGAGAUGGGUCUGGCCCACUAUUCAGCAUAAUACAUGGAAGGUUGUAUGCUCAGUUGUCAUUGUCAGCAGGAGUCGUGCCUGCAACUCCCUGCAUGAUACAGUACUGAUGUGCACGGGUAAUAUUCACUCAGCUCCCAUUACUGCUUUGUAAAUCUCCCAUAUAUCAACAGAGAAAAGUUCCCCAAAGUUUACCCCUUAAAAUAAUGUUAGCUAAUGGUUUGAGACAAUCAGCUAAUCUAUAUAUAUUAUUUAAUGAGAUUUUAAUUUUGCUGUAUAUUUUGUAUUUAUGUAAAUGUUACUUUAUCGGUUUUCCUUGAGGC